UCAUUCCCGCUCGUGCACUUUGCUCGAGCCGAGGCCGCGCUUAAAGGCGCGUUCGCGCUCCGCAUCCAGUGUUGUGUGAGCGAGAGCGACGAUUCAUCAUCCAUUCAAUUUUCGACCAGACGCAGGCAUCCAGAGCUACAGCCAUGGCCUCCGGUGUGAAAGUCACAGAUGAAGUCAUCACGGUCUUCAACGACAUGAAGGUGCGUAAGGCUCAACCAAAUGAGGACGAGAAGAAGAAGAGGAAGAAGGCCAUCCUGUUCUGCCUGAGCAAGGACCUGAAGAACAUUGUCCUGGACGAUGGCAAGGAGAUCCUCGUGGGUGACUUGGGAACCACCGUGCAUGACCCAUACCAGCACUUCGUCAAGAUGCUGCCCUCAAAUGACUGCCGCUACGCCCUGUAUGACGCCACCUAUGAGACCAAAGAAACAAAGAAGGAAGACCUGGUCUUUAUCUUCUGGGCUCCAGAUAGUGCUCCCUUGAAGAGUAAGAUGAUCUAUGCCAGCUCAAAAGAUGCUAUUAAGAGGAAAUUUGAAGGAAUUAAGCACGAGUGGCAGGUGAACGGUUUUGAAGACCUCAAAGACCGGCACACUCUGGCAGAAAAGCUUGGCGGCUCAUCGGUAAUCAGUCUGGAAGGAACCCCUUUAUAAAUAUUCAUCCCCCUUCUCUCCGGCUUCAAUCGAGGCCUUUCAGACACAUCUGUUGGGUUUAGCUGUUCAUUCCAGUGUGGUGUGGAGAAGGGCAAAAGCAGAACCAGCAUCAAUUUGUGGGACUCUCGGGGAGGGAGAUUGGGUGGGUUUUGAGGGUCAAGUGACAGUUUUAAAAACAAACAAAAAGAAUCAGACUGUCAUUCCAGUUCAUGCAACGUAAAGAUUCUGAACAAAACACACAAAGGAAAACAUUAAGAUACAACUAAAGAAGGAUAAUGAUGAUUAAAAUUUAAAUACACACAGUUCAUGUUUAAGGGCAGGGUUUUGUUCUUUCCAGAAAGGGACAGGCGGCAAACCUGUUAGUUUUCCAACCACUGAAUCCUGACAGAUAAUUAUUCCAACUACUUUUUGGGUUUUUUUGUUUUUUUUUUUUGUUUUUUGUUUUUUUUGCCAAACUUCCAGUUAAGUUUUGUAAGUGUGUAUAGUUGAGAUUAGGUGUAGUAUGGACUAAUUCAUUUGAUUACACAAGCUGUAUAAAAACCUUCUCUUGGGGAACACGGUUAAAUAUAUAUAAUUUUUUUCUUAUUCCAUUGUUUUUUUCUUAUUUUUGAAAAAUUCCAAAACUUGAGCGAUUCCUUUAUAUUUCCAGUUCCGGGUGAGGAAAAACAUGACAUUUGAUGUAGUGAGCAGACAUUCCUUGUACUUGUUAAAACCAGGAUUUCCUCAACUUAAAAAUGUUGGUGUUAUGAAGGUCUGAUGGGGAGCGAUGUGUAUAUGAAGGACCAGUGGUCAGAGUUUAGACUGAAUACUGAAUGGUGGAUGUUUUGUAUCGUCUCCUUAUCUCUAAUAAAAAGCACUAAACUACUGA